AAAAUGGCAGGGCAUGGAUCCCCAAAAUUUAACGAACCAUGGAUGGAUGAGCUCGAUGGAGAAAACUGUAUACAGAGAACUGUAAGUUUUGCCGUGCAAGGGGCGCUAGUAGGUAGGUAACUUUAAUUUAUGAAAGAUGCAAUUGGUACUGCAAAGGUCAAUAUAAUUAAACUUACUAUAUAUUGAUAACGCUUAUUUAACCUCCAAAAAAAUAAUUAAAUCUCAAGCUUAUAUAUGUACAGCUUGUUUAGCGUAACAUGUGGAAAUUAAAAGGAUUUGAAUUAUUUGAUGUUUUUGUUUAUAUCACAAAUGUAACUUGUUAAACAUGUCCAUGCAUGUAUGCAUGUAGUAAAAACCCAAGAAUGCAGAGGUCCACUCAAGGCUUAACUAUAACUGACUGGCUUCUUCUUGCCGAAUCUCCAAUGUAGAGAUGCUAGGUCACGGAGCCAGGCAUCACUAGAAGUGGGAAUUAAAACAAAACUGAAUGCAAGGCUGGCAGUAUGGCAAAAGGCUGCUUUAUUGGAGGCCAAUAUUUCGGCUAACAAAAUUAGCCUUCCUCAGGACCAGAGCUACAUGUAUGCAGUCAUUCAAUUUAUGGGACAUUCUUUGCUUACGCACCCGAAUGGGCCGAAAAUUGGAAAACAAAAAUUUGCCAGAAAGGCAAGAUGUUGGUUCAGCUUGCUAGACUAAAACUCUGAGAAGCUUUUCUAGUCCAACAUCUACUUGUUACUUGUACUUAAUUUCUUGUCAAUAUUGUUCAUGAAAGUUGCCUGCUUUUUGAGCAGUUGGGAUAAAUAUACAUGUAUCAGCUGAUAGGUUGUUUUAGUAGCCCUGAGCUAUUUAACAGGACUAUGGCCAUACCCUGACCCCUUCACAAACUAAAAUCCUCUACAAUCUGUGUUUUUUUGGUGUGUAAGUGACUAGUAAUCAGAUCUUCAUUGAGAAAACCUUCACAAGGCAUGGGGUAAUAUUUUGGACUGCCUGAAAUAUUUUCAAUAUCUGUGCUCUGUUUACACAGAAAAUUUUUGAACCACCAGGCGUCUAAAUCUUCCAUGUGAACAGAAUACCUAGUAAACGCGUGAAUUUUAAACCAGUUCAAAAUUUGUCCAGUUUCGUGUGAUCAUAGCCUAAGAGUGUUUUAUGAUUUUUAUGUGAUGUGUCUUCUCAAGGGCUUAACAUUUUCCCUUGAUCUUGAAUGGCAGGUGGUUUUUCUGGUGCGGCAGUAUCAGCUUUGAAGAUUCCAGAUCCUAAACCAACACCUCUUAUUCUUCAGUCACUGAUUAUGAUGAAGAACCAUUCACUUCUUCUAGGUUUGUGGAAACAGUAUUAUAAUUAUUGACAGUUAAUUAGUAUUUGCAGAUAGAGUUUUUACCAAAUGACUUAAUACAAAUGACUGAAAAGACACUGCAAAAUAUGUCACUGCACCUCAAAAUGGUUAAAAUGUUCAAAACUCUGCAGUGAAACCACUCGCCUAUGGCUCGUGGUUCCACUUGAGUUUUGAACUUUUGAGAUUAUUUUUAUGGUCGAUAAGAGUACACACCAUGGAAAAUUGUUGUCGAUUUGUUAAAAGAACAAUCUUAGCCCCAAAACAAAAACAUUUUUUGUAAGGGUCCAAUUCUAACGAGAUGUGAAGCUACUUAAACUUUUCUGUUUUUUUCAAGGUGGAGCGGCUGGCCUGUUUGCACUUACAACAUGCACUGCUGCUGCUUUGAGAGAGAAAGAUGACCCUGGUAACUGGGCCUUGGGUGGCUUAGCAAGUGGAGCCCUGUUUGGCUUGAGAAGUGAGUACAUGCAACCUGUUAAUAAUCUCUUACAGCUAUAAUUAGCUUUAGAAAUGCAAAAUCCUUAAUUCCUUAUGCACAAUCUGGUUCUUUGUUGUUAUGGAAAAUAUUUGUAACUUCCCUGUAGGAUUUGUUUGUUUAAACUCCCCCUAAUUUGUUUGUAGUGCCCCUGUUGUUAUGAACAAAAUUAUUCAGCCUUAGCUGAUAACACUUUCUGAGACCUUGAUUAUUCUGGAUAUAAUACAAACAAAAUCUAUUAUAUUGUCUUAUUGUGCAUCGCUUUAAAGAAAAAAAUGACAAACAGACUGUCACACAAUGCUAAGUUUCUAUUUCUAAGGUUCUAUCUGAAUUGCAAAACCUUGGGAUUUCCUCCACAGAUUUGAAUUUUAGGGUGACAUCUUUAUUUUGACACAACAUGGUCCACGGAUCUAAGGUUUAAAGACUUUUUUCAUAAAGUUUUGAUUUUUGAUCACCUGUACCUGCAUUGGUAGAGUGUUUAGUUCAAGCCUCAGUCUUCACUUCAAAAGUGUUUAUUGUUUCCUUUUACUUUUAGGGAGCAGUUGGCAGGUUGGAUGUGCGAUGGCGAGUGCACUCGCUGUCGGUGGAGCAAUAGCUAAAUACACUGGCGCCUAUAAACAUCCAUUCCGCACUGACAGAGUCUUUCUUUGAUGAAAUGUGGUGCUCCUUACAACAGAUGAUUCUAAGUGUUUUUAAUCGAAGUUAUGAAUGUCCAUGUAAAUAUAUUUUCGUAGAACUUAUUCUAUGAUAUAUUUUUUUUUGUUUCAUAAAAAGUGAGAAACAAAGUAAACUUAACUAAUGAACUUAAAAAUCUUCCAGUUGGUGAUUUCAGGAAAUGUUUUCCAGCUCUUUCUGUACAGUAUUGAGGGGUAAGCGCUUUAUAUAUGCACCUACAUCCCCAAUUUAAAAAAAAUACAGUUGCGUUGAACAGAGAAAAAAGUUCAUUAGCGUACGUUUUACAAAGCUGUUAUUAUAAGGAGUUACGGUGAGAGGUACCUCCCAGAUAAGCGAAACAAAUAUGAUAUGAUUGUUAAUUCUCCAAGUAUUGUUUUGAAAUGUAGUUCAUGUGAAUGGAUUUGAAAUUGGCUUUUUGGAUGAACUGAAUUUUGCAAUGAAAACUGUAACUUAACUUUAUUACAUAUCACACACUCGGAAAAAUACAUGAGAACAACCAAAGCCUGGGGUUUAAAUGGCCUAAGGUCAGCAAAAAAACGUGAAUAAUUUACAUUUUGUUUUGGAACUCUUAGUAUUUUGUCAUUUUAAAAGGGAG